UUCAGCCAGCAAAACCCCCUAAGAAGAGAAAUCAAAUCAAAUCAAAUUAAAGGAUGAGUUCAUUGAAAAGAGCUUGGAUUGCGGCGGCCGGCGUUGGAGUAGUUGAGGCCCUAAAAGAUCAGAUGGGUUUCUGUCGGUGGAAUUACGCCAUCAGAUCCAUUCACCAGUACGCCAAGAGCAAUCUCGGUACGCUCUCUCAAGCGAAUAAGCUUUCUUCUCCGGCGGCGAUGGCCGUCAUGAGGGCAGAAGAUCAGGCGAGGGCAAAGCUGUCGGAGGAAUCUCUUAGAAAAGUGAUGUACCUCAGCUGUUGGGGACCCAAUUGAUCUCAAAUUAGGAAACUGCAUUUGAAAUUAUUAGAGUCUCC